GAACAUGGCUGGGCUGCCACUUGCAUGUGCCCAAACUGGUUCUGGCUGUAUAUUCCACGCCGUCUCCUCCCUCUGGGAGCGGCCUCGCCUGCAGCCUGGCGCUCCUGCCUGACACCAGCGUGGUCCUGAGGGCGCCACUCCAGGGGCUCUCAGAGGGGGUGGGGGGUCUCUGGCUGGAUGGUGUCCCUUCCCCUGAGGAGCUCUGACCCUGCAGCCACAGCCCCUGAGAUCCCGGAAGGACUUCGAAGGUUGAGCAGGACACGGCUCUGUGCACCCUGCAGUGGGAGAGCGGAUGGGGCGCUGGCUGGGAGUUACCUGCGGCGAUACCGAGCCACCAGGUGAGCGCUCCAAUCCGGACCGCUCACUCCCGCCAGCAGCCAAUAGGAGGCGGGAGGGGCGGGGCCGGUGGGGCCCGAAGAGACGGAGAGCGCAGCGGGCGAUGGAGGAGCGCAAGUCGCCCCGGUCUCCUGUUCCGUUUGCCUGGCUGCUGUGGCCGCUGCUGCUCCUCCUCGGGGCGCAGGCGGCCAUGGCAGCCGGCGAGGAACCAGAUGACCCCAACCAGCGUGCAGUGAGGAGCCCCUCUGACGACCUCUGUGAGGCUGGCCACUACCUCACCGAGGACUGCUACAUGGGCCAGGCCAGAGGGUGCUGUCCGUGCCCCCCUGGGUCCUUCCUGAGCCACCCCAACAGGGAAGAGUCCUGCAUGCUGUGUGCCCGGUGCCGGGAAGAUCAGGAGAUGGUGAGUGACUGCACCCUGACACGGGACCGGCAGUGCCAGUGCAAGCCUGGGGAGUACUACUGCGACUCGGAGCACUGCCUGGAGGGCUGCUACCCCUGCACCAGCUGUCCCGGCGCCACCCUGGAGGCCUGCACCGCCACGAGGGACACCGUGUGCGCUGCACAGCCAGGACCCGCAGCCGGUCCCCUUGCUGUUGGAACCUGGGUCAUGUUUGCGGUGAUCCCUUUAAUCCUCAUCAUCGCCGUCGCCAUCCUCAUUGCCUAUUGGUGGAGGGGAGGAUGUGUCUCCACCGGAUGCCCUUUCAGAACGGAGAGCCUGGUGCCUGAGAGCUCAGGGCCCUUCGUGUCAUCGCCUGAGACCCGCGAUGCAGACGCUCCGGUCCCCGCGAUGGGGGCCCGCCUCCUGCCUGAAGGCCGCCUGGACGUGGCGUCCGAGUCCCUGAUCCUCCCCGGGCCCCCGGAGAGGCCGGCGGGGGUGGACAGCCCGUGGCCGGAGGUGGAGGCCGGUGAUGAGGCCGGGCCCCACGCUGGUCACCACGGCCUGACACUUCUUCACUUCCUUGCAGCCCUGGCCUAA